UGUCAGAGAUUUGAAAAAAAAAAAAAAAAAAAAAGCAGCCCCGGCGCUGGCGGAGACGCGCUCUCCCUGCAAAAAAAGCAAAGGCGAUUAAAGGCGCUGCCAGCCUCGCGCUCUGGGCACAGCUGAGCGUGACACUCGGGGAAGUCAAACCCCUCACUACUGCCUAGGAAAAUGGCUAGACUUUAAAGACGAUUUUUUUUUAAUCUUUAAGAAAAAAAAAUUCUUGGAGAUUUUUUCUUGCUUUCUUUUUCCUUUCCUGUUUUUUUUUUUUUCCUUUAUUUUUAGCCGUGGCUUACUCCCCAUUUAAAACAAAUUGAUUCUGGUUGCAGAAAGAAAAAAGAAAUAGCCAAGUGUCUCCAUAUCUGGAUAUCUACAAAUUAGAGAGAGACAGCGAGAUCUGCUCGAUAAGAGCGAGAGAUCCAGGCCAGGCGCCUGGGCUUUUUUUUCUGCACCCGCCCCGUGCCUUCGCUGGGGCUUUGCCGUCCUCCUUCCUCCGCACACCCCCACGGGCCGCUGGCAAAGUGGGGUGGGGAGCGAGGCGGGGGGGGCGGGGGCCGGCGCGGCGGCCGAGGCGGCGGGGCGGCCGAGCAUGGAAGAACAGCAGCCGGAACCUAAAAGUCAGCGCGACUCGGGCCUCGGCGCGGCGGCGGCGGUGGCGGCGGCCCCCGGCAGCCUCACCCUGAGUCUCAGCCCCGGCGCAAGCGGCAGCAGCAGCAGCGAUGGAGACAGCGUGCCGGUGUCCCCGCAGCCCGCGCCCCCCUCGCCGACCACGGCGCCCUGCCUGCCGCCCCUGGCCCACCACCCGCAUCUCCCCCCGCAUCCCCCGCCCCCGCCGCCGCCGCCGCCGCCGCCGCAGCAGCAGCAUCUCGCGGCGCCUGCUCACCAGCCGCAGCCCGCGGCCCAGCUGCACCGCACCACCAACUUUUUCAUCGACAACAUCCUGAGGCCGGACUUCGGCUGCAAAAAGGAGCAGCCGCCGCCGCAGCUCCUGGUGGCGGCGGCGGCGGCGGCCGGAGGAGGCACAGGCGGAGGCCGGGUCGAGCGUGACAGAGGCCAGACCGGCUCAGGUAGAGACCCCGUCCACCCGCUGGGUACGAGGUCGCCAGGCGCCGCCUCACUCCUGUGCACCGCGGACGGGAACUGUGGCCCACCCGACGGCUCCCCGCCAGCCACCGCCGGAGGCGCGGGCGCGUCCAAAGCUGGGAACCCGGCGGCGGCGGCGGCUGCGGCUGCAGCAGCGGCCGUGGCGGCGGCGGCGGCGGCGGCAGCAGCGGCCAAGCCUUCGGACAACGGCGGUGGCAGUGGAGGCGGCGUGGGGAGUCCAGGUGCGCAGGGUGCCAAGUACCCGGAGCACAGCAACCCGGCCAUACUGCUAAUGGGCUCAGCCAACGGCGGGCCCGUUGUCAAAACUGACUCGCAGCAACCCCUUGUGUGGCCCGCCUGGGUCUACUGCACGCGCUACUCCGAUCGCCCGUCCUCCGGUCCCCGCACCAGGAAGCUGAAGAAGAAGAAGAACGAGAAGGAGGACAAGCGGCCGAGGACGGCGUUCACGGCCGAGCAGCUGCAGAGACUCAAGGCGGAGUUCCAGGCGAACCGCUACAUCACUGAGCAGCGGCGGCAGACGCUGGCCCAGGAGCUCAGCCUCAACGAGUCCCAGAUCAAGAUCUGGUUCCAGAACAAGCGCGCCAAGAUCAAGAAAGCCACGGGCAUCAAAAACGGCCUGGCGCUGCACCUCAUGGCGCAAGGACUGUACAACCAUUCAACCACCACGGUCCAGGACAAAGACGAGAGCGAGUAGCCGCCGCCGGCAGAGGCCGCGCGGUCCGGCCGCCGCACCCGCGCCCCCUCCUGGCACCGCGGCCGCCGCCAUGUGGGCCCCACGCCCCGGGGAGAAAGAAUCAGCGUAAAGGAGGAAGGGAGCAACAGGGAUAAGAGAGAGAAAGAGGUUCCCAGAAUGGAGAGUCACAUUGGAACGAGACAUUUUUUUUUCAAAAGGGAGAAAGACUCAGACAGGUGCUAUUGAAAAAUAAGAUCAGUUCUCUCUUCACAGUAUAAGGGACGGAAACUACGAACUCCUUAAAGCUCUAUCUAGCCAAACAGCUUACGACCUUGUAUAUAUUUAAUUUCAGGUAAGGAAAAGAAUUAUGUGUAGCGAUCUCUAUUUGCUGGACUUUUUAUUAAUCUCCUUUAUUAUUAUUGUUAUAAUUAUUAUAAUUAUUAUAAUUAUUUUAUCUCCCGCCUCCGCCUCGCUGCCCCCGGCCCAGCUUCGUUUUCUUUUGAAUGUUAUCGCUUCUCCGGUGCCUCCCGUCCCGCAUCGCUAGCCCUCCGUUUCUCUGGGACUUUUCUUUGUGUGCGUGAGAGUGUGUUUCCUCGCGUGUCUGCCCUUCGCCUCUCCCCCUCCCCCCAUCUCCCCGGCCCCUUCUGUCCGUCUGUCUGUCCUGCCCCCGACCCUUUCGUUUUCUGGAGACUUGUUGAGAAAUACGACCCCACAGACUGCGAGACUGAACCGCCGCUACAAGCCAAAGAUUUUAUGAUGUUCAGAAACCUGUAGUCUGAAAUAAAGUGUACACUGUGCUCA